CACAAGAUGACGAGUAUGCGUUCACUGAUUAGACGCAAGUUUUCGAAGGAGCUUCCUAAGAAAGCUCCAACCGUUUCAUCACCACAUUUGCAGCCGAGACCAAGGCACAUCACACCGGCUCCCAGCACUGUCAUCAAGCAGCUGAAGGACGGAACAAACCAGCAGCUUCAGAUCACUAAGUAUGACCUACGCAAGGAUCUACUCAGCGACAAGAAGCCUGAUGAGGGCGGAUACGAUUCAGAUGCCGAGGCCCUUGACGAUAUCGCGAACAACAUCGGCAAGAAAGCACCUAUCAAGCGACCAAGCAUCCACAGCGUCGACUGGGCCACCACUACCGGAAGCAAAACGACACCAGACUCCACGAGAAACGGCCGCACCAGCGGCGAGCUCAAUGACGACCUCCCUCCCUACAGUAUCAACAAGCCACAGGCCGGUCCUUUUUCCCACCGCUUCAGUCAAGUGUUCAGCACGCCCAAUUUGCGAUCAGAUACGCCUGGUGGAAAGGACAACAGAGUCAGACGCUCGCAUUCGGCCACAUCCAUGGGCUUGCCGAAGCCUUCUCCCCUCUCGCCAUUACGACUACCAAGCCUUACCGACCACGACUCAGCUGGGAUACCGUGGUCUGAGAUAAUGCAUAAGAGUCUCCGGCUUUCCCAGUUCCCUGUGCCUCCACGCCAUAUCAGCCCACAGGCAUCCAUAACCACUUUCAACAACGACGGCCAUAAGCGAUACCAGAAACGAAGUAGUUCAGCUUCAGUAUCAUCACACCGAGCCCUUGAAUGCCCUGCUUCUCCUUCUGCUCGCCUUGUUGAGAUCCGCGUUCAACAGCCCACUUCUACCGCAAGCCCAAGGCCGUCUUCAUCUAUCAGAGGCAAUCUCCGCGGAGAUUCAUCUCAAAAGGCACGAGGACAGGCACGUAACGGCGAGGGUAAUGAUGACGAUGACAAUCCACGUCGAUCUGUACAUCUUCACAGCAUGCGCAUCUCACAUCAUCUACGGUCCGGGUCUCUUCUCUCAUGGGAUCAACUUGCCGAUGCACCAGAGCUUCCAACUCCGCCUCACGCAUUCCGUGAACGUACUGUCUCAGACCAAAGCCGGACUUCCCCACGAAGUAAGCAACUAGCCCGUCAUGACCGGCAAACUUCGAGCUCAGGCUUUGCCAGCUCAAAGGUUCCGAGUAGAUGGGGUAAGGUCCUGCCGAACGAUCUUGACACCCGGCCUGAUGCUGCCUCUUCCAUCUACUCGAGUCGGCCACAAAGCCCACCCGACAGUUUUGGGGGAUCGGUAACAACUCUACCGCGCACUGGUACUGAGAAUCGCCCGGUCAGUAUCUCGUCUUCCGACAUACGACGGCCUCGACGUUCUGCUUCCUUUCCUACAGACAACGAAGACACACCAAGACCAGCUAAACGACAUGGUCUUAUCAACCUUGCAACUGUCACUGGCCAUGCGAUCGAGCCCGCGCUUCUUGCACCGCCAGCGCCGCUAGCACGCAAGAACAGUGUUGCUGAUACCAAGACCUCCAAAUUUCGGGAAGAGUUUAGCCCAUCUCCACCCAAGAAGAAGAUGACACAGUCGGCAUCUAUCAUCAAGUUCCUGAACCCAAAGCGCCUGAGUAUGCGCAGUCAGAGUGAGGCGAAUCUCCAAUCAGAAGCGUCAGUCACCGUCACCGUCUUCGCUCUGGAUGGUCCAUCUGAUACGUUGGAUGUUCCUGCUAAUCAUACACGUCGUCAAUCACGGUCCUUGAUGAGCAUGCAGGCUGAACAAGACGCACUUGGCAAGAGCAAAGGCGCUAAUCAUGUAUGGGAUCGUGCUUUGCAAGCGCACCAAGAUGAGAAAGCAUCUCUCUAUCUUCCCAAAAACAGAGAUCUUGCUGUUCAGGCGAGCCCUUUCCGCGAGCGCAGCGGGAGCAUCUCCGUGCGACGCAUCAGCGUCGAAGGCUUGGAUCCAGCUAGCCGAGCUGAUGAUGGGUCUAGCACGCGGGUAUCGACCCUUAGUCCCCACGCCGAAACACCUGGUGAAGAGCACUCCGAGGGGCUGUUCACGAUGGUGUCUCGUCGCAGUGCUAUGAUCGGGCGUGAUGAUGUUAGCGUUGGACAAGAAGUGGCAAAUGCAUUUGAGCGGCAGGGUGACAGCAUGGAUAUUGUCGGAGCCUGGGGUCGUUACCCUUCGCACACGCGCCACGACCGUACUGCCUCUGCAGGGAAGGCUGAUAACGUCCAGCCGCGCGACUUUGCACUAGAGGCAGCGAUCAGAUUUGCUUCAGCAACAGAUGACGAGGAUUUGAUCGAUCCUACAGAGAGGAGACCCUCCACCCCACUGCUGCCUGGUGAGAAGAAGAAAAAGAAGAAGGUUGGCAGUGGUCGUGUAGCGAAGAGCAACUCGAUGACUUUCGGCAAGACCCUCAUGAAGAACUACACCAAGAUGUUCAGGAGUCAGAGCACAGAGUUUCGCAGGCAUGGUCGUGGACACCGCAGUUCCAUCGCAUCUGGCGGCAUUCUUGAGCACCCUGAGCUCGAGCUCCUGCCUGAUGUAUGGUCGGGUGAGGUUCUCAGAGACGUUGACACGUAUAUUCCAGGUGAUGAGCAGUCCGUGCCGAGGCAAGAAACUUCGAAGAAGACAACUAAAUCCAGGAGCAACCUACGAGCGGAGGUUUCCAUGGCAACACUCCGUCCACGCCGCAACUCUUCUGCGCCCAACCUAAAUGAGAUGUCAUUCGGCGAUGGCGCGGCUGAUGCGCAGCACGCAAAUGAUCGAGCACGUGUCUGGUCUACCUACUAUGAUAACUGCGUCGAUGCAUAUCCCCGUCUGAGUAUGGACACCAACCGAGUUCUCGGGGACUUCGGUCGUCCGAAUCGGCACUCAUUCGAUAGUCGGCAGGUGUCCGUGCACUCGCGCGCUUUGCCUACCUAUCUGCGCAAGCACACGCGCAACGCCAGCCAGAUGAGUCAGAUGAGCAAUGGGAGCCGAGCCAGGAGCUUCGGAUCGCUGGGUAAAGAUGACACCGCUUUCGAGGAACGGAGUUUGGUCAGCGUUAGGCGAAGCACCAUGGAUCUGAUUUCCAAGUUCAAACAGCAGGAGGCUACCGAGCAUGAGAGGAUCUUGUCUUUCAGCAGGAUGGAUAGUGGACAGGCGCGGGAGAGUGUGGCGGCUCAGUGAGGUGGCUGAAAAUCACGCCACGUCGUAAUGUUUAAUAUCUGCUCCACGAGUCCGCCAGUACGAUGAAUGUAUCGUUAGUAUCAGUAUCGGUCAGUUUGUAGCAUUUACUCGUCAUACUUGAGUCUUUUCUCGUUACGUUGCUAUCGUCCUUCGAGCUAGUUGUGCC